GCUUUAAAAUUGAAUACAUAUGACAUAAGUCAAGUAUAAAUAGAAAUUAUGACUAUUAUUAAGCAAUUAAGCCCUCAGUCUUUAUAAAUCCUAAUCGUUACUAACCAGCUAAAUUUUAUCUUACAGAACGCUGUUUACUUCUUUAGCUAACGUGGUUGCUAAGCUAACACAUUGGUGUUAGCAUUGAGCUAGCUGCCAGCCGUUUCUGCCGACAUUUCGUACACUUUGUCUUUAAUUAACGGCGGCCAGGCGUGUGUAUGAUCACUUUUACAACGGUGACUCAUCCGUUCGUAACACAGUAGUUAAUUCCCAUCCAGCUCUUCCUCCACGUUUUGUCGUUUUCUCUCCGAUGGGCACGGGAGGGGAGUGUGCCCGUCGGUGGGCGGUUACAAACGGUGCGUGAUUCACAAACCUUAUUUGUUCCCACUACUUUGAGCGCCAUCUUGUUUGUAACUCUCCUACGUAAGUGGUAGAGUUUCUACUGAGGGGGUAUCCGAUUACCCUUUUUUCCAGCGUUAGACUGGGAACCUCUCCCUGUAGUGCUGAGGCGCAUAUCGCAUUUGCUUUAUUCUCCCCUUUCUCUUGGACAAAAUCGAGACAAAGUCUCCGCAAGUGGACAGAAAUGAGCAUCGAAACGCUUCUAGAAGCAGCCAAGUUUUUGGAAUUGCAAGCCCAGCAACAACAGAAAGCACGUGAGGAUGAGCUAAAGGAGAAGCAGCGUCUGGGGCAGCUAUCAGAGGAGAGGCACUCUGAUUUGACCUAUAACUCAACAACCCAAGUCAACAAUGUUUCCAAAGUUGAGGAGCUCCGCACUGAGAGCAGCCUGGUUCCCAUACCACCAUCUCUGCCUCCACCCUCCAUGCCCAUCACUGUCAUACCCAUCCCCGUGGCCACCCCCAACCCAACAGGCUCACCCACUCUGCAGGUUGCCACACUCUCCCCUCCACCUGCCGCUACUCUGCCACGCUCUCCGCAGCCCAAACCUGACCACCAGAGCUCUGUGCUGACCAACAGCCACAAGCAGCUGAUACAGAACCAUCACCACCCACAGCUUGUCGCCCAAACUAACAACACUAAACUUUUGCAGCAGACACCUCAGCAACUGGUUCAGCGCUAUCCCGGUUCCAUCGUCUCACCCCCACAGCAACAUGCCUUACUCCCCCAGUCGAGCCCUGUGCUCCAGCAGGCUCCUCUACAAAAUGGUCCCAUCAGCCGGGGAAGUCCUCCUGAUGAUGGCCGCAACCUUGACAACAAGAAGAGGCCUGGAGGGGCAGGCACAAGAGAGGUGCAUAACAAGCUUGAGAAAAACAGACGAGCGCACUUGAAGGAGUGCUUUGAGACGCUGAAGAAAAACAUCCCCAACAUAGACGAGAAGAAGACCUCCAAUCUGAGUGUGCUAAGAAGUGCGCUGAGAUACAUUCAGACGUUGAAGAGGAAAGAAAAGGAGUAUGAGCACGACAUGGAGCGGCUGGCAAGGGAGAAGAUCGCCACACAGCAGCGAUUAGCAGAGCUCAAGAAUGAGCUGAGCCAGUGGAUGGAUGUGAUCGAGAUCGACCGCGUCCUCCGACAGACAGUACAGCCAGAGGAGGACCAGGCCUCCACAUCCACAGCCUCAGAAGGUGAAGACAUUAUGGAUGAUGACCUAGAAGACGAGAUGGCACCCAGAGCACAAACUGCCUUACCCACUGUGCCUCAAAUCAUGAAACCUGAGCUGCCCAAGACUGCAACACCCAUGCAAACCCCCACCCUGACACCCACCACCACCAACACUACCUCCUUCAUCACCCAACACAUCUCCAUCCAGCACAAAGCCCCUCAGCACCAGCCUCAGCUCCAGCCACUGCCGUUGACUCUUCCACAGCAAGUGUCCAAGCCUGCAGUACUACCUACACUUAUAGCUACAACAUCCAGCACUCCCACCACCCCCAGUCAGCCCCUGAUCCCCACCCAGACACAGAUGGUGACCAUGCCCAGUCUACACCCCACAGUUAUUGCCCAUGCUUCAGUGUCCCACCCCUCCGUCAUCCAAGCAGUCAACCACGUCAUCCAGGGAGGGGGUCCCAAACACAUUGCCCACCUCGCUCCUGCCACCACCACCAGCUCUGUUCAGUUAACUCCUGGCCAUCAACCUAUUGGCCACAUCACCGUGCACCCAGUGGCUCACCUGAGCCAGCAUCUCCCAGCCCUCUAUCCUCAACCAGUGGCCGUCACACAACCAGCUGUUGUCGGUCACAUCACCCACACCAUCAACCACGCCCACCCUCAGUUAAAUGGCACUGCACCUAACCAACCAGCCACCAUCGUAGGAAAGCAGACAGCAGUGAGCACCCAAAUGGUGGCCCACCACCCGCAGCUGAUGGGUCAGACAGUGCUCAACCCUGUGACAAUGGUGACCAUGCCCUCCUUCCCCAUUAGCACUCUGAAGCUGGCCUGAACACUGCCAAGAGAAUCUCUGGGCUAUAAGACAGAGACACCCCUCGGCAGGGGAGAACCACACGCCUCAGACCAGGCCAUGGACGAGGUCACAGUGAGGGCAGGAGAGCUGCUGGACACCUCGCUGAUCCACAGAGUUUCAUGAUCGUUCAGAAGCACUGCAGCCGAUAGAAAAGCCGGGAUCAUUCCUCUGACAAAACACAAACCCUGGUCAGUACUAGACUAGCCGUGUCCUGAAAUCUGGAUGCUGAAUUUAGGACAUUUCAGGCUGCAUGUGGUUGAUAGUCAUCACGUUGCGUGCGUGUGUGUGUGUGUGGCAGAAGUGUCGUUUUAGACCCUCACUUGCCAUCCAUUGUUGCAGAUAAUUGAGCAGAAGUCAUUUUCACAGGAAAAUGCUGCACUGCCAGCACAGUGUCACAUGACUGCACCUGUUACAGUGUUGAUAUAGGUACUGACUAGCGUCUUGACUCCUCGCUAUCAUUGUGACUGCUGUGGAUUAACCAACCGCAGAUCACAUACUCCAGAGGCUGCAUUGGGUUUUGAGGGCUGUGACAGAGUAGGAUCAGAGUGUUCGACCUGCCUUAACCACCAACAGAUUGGAAAUGUGAUUUAGAGGAGCUCCUCCUCUCCAGCAGAGGCACAUGCUGCAGGGCUUGAGCAAAAUCACGGAAUUGGAGUAGAGCUCCGGAACUGGAGCUGCAGUCCUAGUGAUGGUGCAUACAGUAAUAGCUCCCCCUGCUGGUUGCCGGUGUUCAGUGUAAAGUUAUUUUUCCCUGUGACCUGAAAAAAGUCAAUUGCAGAUGAUGUCAUUCAAAAAAAUGUAAAGAAAUACUUGUUAGUUAUUGCUCUCCUUUAAUAAAACUGGCAGGUGUACUCUCAGCACAAGUUUAACUUAGUGUUUUAGGAUCAAAUUAUGUUUUUGUCACAGCUGCUAAUAUAUAUAUGAAAACAUUUUUGCCAAAUAGGAUCCCUUUGUAUAUCUACAUGCCCCCUAAAUACUAAAUGUCUGAGAUAAAAAAAAAAAAAACUUGAUGUGUGUCUUCCGAUGCUACAAAGCGAGGGAGAUGUGUUUUAGAGAUUUUGAAUGUGAAAACAUAAAAAGGUCCACUAAAAAAAAAAAGCUAGAAAGGUGUGUUUCUGAAUGUUAGUAGGUUGUGUGUUUGCAUGCGUUGAAUGCAUUCAUGACUGUAAAUUCAGUGACUGUGUUUGAAAGUGAGGACCCACAACAGUGCAGCCUGUCUUUGACACAUUACUGUAGGGUUGUAAAACUAAUUUAUCAUCCAUAACUUUGGAUUGGGGUCACUUUAGAGUGAUUUCAGCAGCUGACAUAAAUCCAAUCAAUGUGUUUUUUUAAGACUAUCCUUUUCCAAAGCACUGUGAACAUUUCUAUUAGUCUACAUGAGCAGCAAACUUGCAGUUUAGCACAGCACCUGCUUUGUUCUCCUAGUUGAAUCUGAAUGUACUGACCUGUGAAAGGAUGUGGAGUAGAGCACUCAUCAGAAGGUAAACCCCCUUUUUUUAAAAGAAAAAUGCGAUUACUUUAUUAAAGUAUGUGUAUGUAAAGUGUAACAUUUAAAACUGACUUUGUAUUUUAAGAUUUACUGUUUGUUUCAUCUGGAGAAUAAUUUCUUCUGUUCAGUGUAAAUUUGAUUAAAAAUAGUUUUUUUUUUUUUUCCUGGGACCAUGUACAAAGCUAUAUAUCAGGGGGUGAUGACUACACAGACCUCUUCCCAUUUUGAUAUCACAUUCGGCCACUUUGGAAAGUAUUCACCCCUUAGAGUUUUUUGUAUUUUGUUCUGAUGCAAUAUGAUCACAACAGGGACCUUUUAUGUUUAAUUUUUUUGCUCAUGACAACUCAAGUACAAAGAAAUACCUUCAGAUUUUAUGCAAAUGAUCAAUUGAACAAAUGCAUUGUGACGUCAUAUUGUAGCAAAACAAAAUGUGUGAAAAUGUACAGGGAUUCAGGUACUUGAAGAAGCAACAAUAUACUUGUGUGUUUUCCCUAUGGAGAAAGUUUAAGGUGUAUAUAGCCUGUAAAUGUUGGGCUGCAUUUAGAUCUAACUCUAUUGUGUAAAAAGCUGGGGAAAAUAUGUAAAAUAAAAAAUUUAUUAAAAAAAAGAAAAACUUAAUAAAUUGUAUUAUGUUUACAAAUGUCUGACGUUUGUGUUUGAGAAACCUCUGAACAAAAUUGUGGUUUUGUUUUUACAAUUACUAGCAGCUGCAACUAAAAGUUAUUUGUACCAUU